AUGGUCUCCAAAUCCCUAAUAUCCGCCCUUUCCGCCGCCUCAUUAUUCGCCUCAACAACAACCGCCCUCCCCGCCCGCACACACUGCCGCUGCACAAUAAUAUCCCUACCACGCGACCUACCACCAUCCUCCUCCUCCUCAGAUCUCACGUCCUCCCCAUCAACACCCCUCGACCUCUGCACCACCCUCGGCCCCGAACUAGAAAACUUCCGCCACUCCCACCCAGACCUCUACGAAGCCUACAUUUCCACCGCCGCGGCGCCACUCCAUCCAUCGCCAACGCACGACGCAGAGCAGCCGCUGUCGACGACGGUGCUCUUGCAGCUAGCAGCGCGAAACGGCUUCCAAAACCUCGGCGUCAUCCUGCCGAGUGCGCCGACGGAGCGGCCGCGCGAAAGAAUCGUGUGCAGGGGCGAAGACGAGCUCUUCUCAGCGUAUCAGGACAGCUUGGUUACGCUGCUGGCGAUCCAGGUCGUGGUGGGCCUUGCCGUGCUGGCGUGCAUUGCGGAGGCUGUGAAUGUAGGGCUCCGGUGCAUGUCUGCGCAACCCCGAGACCAUCAUCCACUCUCAAUAAAAGCCCCGCUGCGGCUUACAGGCGCGGAAAAGCGGCUCCGCGCGUUCACUGAGGUGGAAGUCGUGUUCAGCCCGGGCGCGGAGAAGAAGCUGCGUGUCUACGCGUCGCCGAACUGGGUGCCGAGGCCGUCGUCGGCGGAGAAGAGAGAGUUCGAAGCGUACAAGGAUGAGGAUGAGGACGAUGAGCUGAGUAGGCCGGUGAUGUGAAAGCGCCAUCGGAUGUGUUUUGCUGGCUUUUCAUUGUGUAUAUUUUGGUAUGAUGCGUUCAAGCGACAACGGACUGAACUGGACUGGGCUGGAAGCCCUUUGUAUAUAUCUACAUAUGUGAAUACCCUAUGGCAAUGUCUAUACAUGAACCAGACUGACAAUUCGAGUGGAGAACGGAGUGCAGAGGCAGGGGCGGGAGUAUAAAGAAAUUCCUCGGGAGAAUGGGUGUCGAGAGAAGAAAAAGGCCUUUGGGGAAGCACGUUCAAACCUAGCGAAGCGAGGC